AUGGAUCUGGAGGCCGCCGGCGGUGCGGAGGCGGCGCAACGCAAGCGGCGCGGGGAGUCAUGGCGCGCGACGCUGCUGCUCGCGUACCAGAGCCUCGGGGUGGUGUACGGCGACGUGGCCACGUCGCCGCUCUACGUCUACAAGAGCGCCUUCGCGGGCAACGACAUCCAGCACUCGGAGGGCAACGAGGAGAUCUACGGCGUGCUCUCAUUCGUCUUCUGGACACUGACCCUCAUCACCCUCGUCAAGUACGUGCUCAUCGUGCUCCGUGCCGACGACGGCGGGGAGGGCGGAACCUUCGCGCUCUACUCCCUCAUCUGCCGCCACGUCCGCGCCGGCCUCCUGCCCGGCGGCGGCACCAGAGAUGAGCUCAUGGAGGAAGAGAAGGUCACCGGGCGUCGGGGCGAGCGGCCCGUGUCCAGGGUCAGGGCGGUGCUGGAGAAGUACAGAGUGCUGCAGCGGCUGCUGCUGCUCUUCGCACUGCUCGGGACAUGUAUGGUCAUCGGGGAUGGCGUGCUCACCCCUGCAGUCUCAGUGUUUUCUGCGGUAUCUGGGCUUGAGUUGUCGUUGGAAAAGGAACAACACAAAUAUAUAGAACUUCCAGUGGCUUGUGCCAUACUUAUAUGCUUGUUUGCACUGCAACACUAUGGCACACACAAAGUUGGGUUUCUGUUUGCACCAAUCGUAUGCAUUUGGCUUCUCUGCAUAAGUGCAAUAGGCCUCUACAAUAUCACCCACUGGGACCACCAUGUUUAUCGAGCCCUCUCGCCAUACUACAUGUAUCAAUUCCUCAGGAAGACUCAAACUGGUGGCUGGAUGUCACUGGGUGGAAUCCUUCUUUGUGUGACAGGCUCUGAAGCUAUGUAUGCAGAUCUUGGACAUUUUUCACAAUCAUCAAUCCAGAUUGCAUUCAUAUCCGUGGUUUAUCCUGCACUUGUAUUGGCUUAUAUGGGACAAGCAGCUUUUAUUUCACAACAUCACAACAUUGAGAGCAGUUAUCAUAUUGGCUUUUAUGUGUCAGUACCAGAAACACUCAGAUGGCCUGUUCUGGUGAUUGCUAUACUAGCAGCUGUAGUUGGGAGUCAGGCAAUUAUUACUGGAACCUUUUCAAUCAUCAAGCAGUGUUCUUCAUUAAGUUGUUUCCCUGGAGUGAAGAUUGUGCACACAUCCUCGACAGUGCAUGGUCAGAUAUACAUACCAGAAAUCAAUUGGAUGCUGAUGAUACUCUGCCUGGCUGUUACUAUUGGCUUCAGAGACACAAAGCACUUGGCAAAUGCACAAGGGUUGGCAGUAAUAACUGUUAUGCUUGUUACCACUUGCUUAAUGUCACUUGUUAUUGUGCUUUGCUGGAACAAGAGUAUCUUCCUUGCCCUUGGUUUCCUGCUUUUCUUUGGCACGAUCGAAGUAAUCUACUUCUCAGCUUCCCUUGUCAAGUUUCAUGAAGGUGCUUGGGUUCCUAUUACUCUCUCCUUCAUAUUUAUGGUGGUCAUGUGUGUCUGGCACUAUGGCACAAUAAAGAAGUACGAGUUCGAUGUGCAAAACAAGGUUUCAGUAAACUGGCUCUUAAACCUUGGUCCUUCACUGGGCAUUGUUCGCGUUCGAGGCAUUGGGAUAAUACAUACAGAGCUAAUGUCUGGAAUUCCAGCUAUCUUCUCCCACUUUGUCACCAAUCUACCUGCGUUUCACCAGGUACUGGUAUUUCUCUGUGUCAAAUCAGUUCCUGUGCCGCAUGUGGAACCUGAGGAACGAUUUCUGGUGGGUCGCAUUGGUCCAAAAGAGUAUAGGCUAUACAGGGUCAUUGUCAGAUAUGGUUAUCGCGACGUGCAGAAGGAUGACCUAGAGUUCGAGAAGGAGCUAGUCAGCAACAUUGCAGAGUUCAUCCGCGGCAGUGGGGAAUACGACAAGAAUGGCUUCGUGGAGGACACAGAUAAGCCCUCCGAGAAGCUGUCCACCAUCAGUACUAGAAUUAAUAUGUUGGAAGAGGAUGGAGAACUUGAUGCAUCCAUAUCCCCUCAUAAGGAGAUAGACCCACACAAUGCAGCACCCAAGCGAAAGAAAGCAAGGUUCAUGAUACCGAAGAGUGCUCAGGUGGACAGUGAGGUACGCCACGAGCUGCAGGAGCUCAUGGACGCUAGGGAGACAGGCAUGUCCUUCAUCCUGGGUCACUCGUACAUGAAGGCAAAGAGCGGGUCAAGUUUCAUAAAGCGAAUUGUGAUAAACUUCUACGAGUUCUUGAGGAAAAACAGCCGUGGCCCUGCAUACGCUGCGAACAUACCCCAUGCCUCCACUCUGGAGGUAGGAAUGGUCUACCAGGUCUGA